AUGGUCUCCGUUAAGGCUUCUGCUGCUGAAAAGAAGGAAUUCUUACAAAGUCAAAUUGACGAAAUUGAGAAAUGGUGGUCCGAACCUCGUUGGAAGGACACCAAACGUAUCUACUCUGCUUACGAAAUUGCAAAGAGACGUGGUUCAGUAAAACCAAAUACUUUCCCAUCUACUGUGAUGUCUCAAAAAUUGUUCAAAAUCUUGGGGGAACACGCUAAGAACGGCACUGUCUCCAAGACUUUCGGUGCUUUGGACCCUGUUCAAGUGACCCAAAUGUCUAAGUACUUGGAUACCAUUUACGUUUCAGGCUGGCAAUGUUCUUCCACUGCAUCAACUUCUAACGAACCGGGUCCAGAUUUGGCUGAUUACCCAAUGGACACUGUACCAAACAAAGUGGAGCAUUUGUUCAAGGCUCAACAAUUCCAUGACAGAAAACAAUGGGAACGUAUCUGUGAUGGUACCAUUGAAGAAUCUGAAAUCAUUGACUAUUUGACUCCAAUCGUUGCUGAUGGUGACGCUGGUCAUGGUGGUUUGACUGCUGUCUUCAAGUUGACAAAAAUGUUCAUCGAAAGAGGAGCUGCCGGUAUCCACAUUGAAGAUCAAACUUCUACAAACAAAAAGUGUGGUCACAUGGCUGGUAGAUGUGUUAUCCCAGUACAAGAACAUAUUAACAGAUUGAUCACUUGUAGAAUGGCUGCAGAUGUUUUGGGUUCAGAUUUGAUCCUUGUUGCCAGAACUGAUUCUGAAGCCGCUACUCUAUUAUCCUCUACUGCCGAUUCAAGGGACCAUUACUUCAUCUUGGGUGCUUCCAAUCCAGCCGUCAAGGGUAAACCAUUGAACGAUUUACUGAACAAAGCUAUCUUGGACGGUGCCACCAUCGAUGACUUACAAACCAUCGAAAAAGAAUGGUUGGCCAAGGCCGACGUUAAGCUGUUCCACGAAGUAUUCGCUGACGCUGCCAAGGCUGCAGGUAAGGACCAAUCCGUAAUUGACCAAUUCAACAGCAAAGUCAACCCAUUAAGUGAAACAUCAAUCUAUGAAAUGCAAGCCUUGGCCAAGGAAUUGUUGGGUACCGAAUUGUUCUUCGACUGGGACUUGCCAAGAGGCCGUGAAGGUUUGUACCGUUACCAAGGUGGUACUCAGUGUUCUGUGAUGAGAGCUCGUGCCUUUGCUCCAUACGCUGAUCUAUGUUGGAUGGAAUCUAACUACCCUGAUUACGAACAAGCUAAGGAAUUCGCUGAAGGUGUCACAGCUAAGUUCCCAGGCAAGUGGAUGGCUUACAACUUGUCACCAUCUUUCAACUGGACAAAAGCUAUGUCUGUCGACGAACAAGAGACAUUCAUUCAAAGAUUGGGUGACUUGGGUUACAUCUGGCAAUUUAUCACUUUAGCUGGUCUACAUACAAGUGGUUUAGCCAUCGAACAAUUCUCCAAGAAUUUCGCCAAGUUAGGAAUGAAGGCAUAUGCUCAAGAUAUCCAAAAGAAGGAAUUGGAUAACGGUAUCGACAUGGUAAAGCACCAGAAAUGGUCUGGUGCUGAAUAUAUCGAUGGUCUAUUAAGAUUAGCACAAGGUGGUCUCGCUGCCACUGCUGCUAUGGGUCAAGGUGUCACUGAGGAUCAGUUCAAAUAA